GUAACAUGCGUGGUGACUGGAAUCUGUCGAAUGCUGCUGAACCGUCAUGCACGUAUUCGACCAGUGAAUUCUAUUUCGACAGCUAGAUAGCGUCUUAACACAUACCACUGCUGUUGGCCUACGAAGGCCAAAUACAUCGAGGCAUUAUGCUGUCGUCACCGCUUCAUGGUUGAAGUGUGCUCUCGCUAUAGAGGAGCGUUUCGCGGAAAGUGAGUGGAAGCUGUUCAAUUGUCGUAAUCAAGAUUGUUCACGUAGUUACUGUUCCCAAAAAGUUCUCGUCUGCAUUGACGAUCGCAACGUGAUGGUGAUUUAGCCCGUUCUUAAAAGCCUAACAAUCCAUCCCGGAAGUCCACGCGAUGUUAUGAUCGUGCAAGGUUCAGUAUUGCCUGUCAUUGACGUGCGUUUUAUUUGAAGCACUUCCCGAGGAAACGUUUACAUGCGGUUGCAUGCUACACGACCUUAUCUACUAUCAACCCAAGGAACUACUCAGGUGAAAAAAUCGCCUUGUAUCGAACUAUCAUUUACUCUAUCUCAUUUGCUCAAUAGCUGUGAUCUUACGCGAGUGAUUUCUAUUGUUGUACGCGCCCAGGUACUUAUCCAGUUGAGCCCCUGUGUAUUGGUGAACAUUUCGUGAUUUCGAAAACGAUUUCAGUUCCCUGUUUCACAGUGUAAUAUUGGUUCUUAGCGGCAGCAAUCCCUCGACAACUUACAGCAUCUGGAGAGUUUGAGGCGUGAAAAUGGAUACUCAUACCGAGGCGGAACUGCCAGCGGCGACCAUGGCCGAUGAACCGUUCCUUGGUCCUCUGGACAUCAUUCUGCUACUCAGCCUUGUUGCUGGUGCUGCCUGGUAUCUGCUUAGGUCAAAGAAGAAUGAUACCACUUCCACACAGUUUAAAUCCUAUUCCAUCCAACCGACAACGGUAAACACGAUGGCGGUUGUAGAAAACUCAUUCAUUAAAAAGCUGCAAUCUUCGGGUCGCCGGCUGGUAGUGUUCUAUGGUUCGCAGACAGGAACGGCUGAAGAAUUUGCCGGACGACUGGCUAAAGAAGGUAUACGUUACCAGAUGAAGGGAAUGGUAGCCGACCCGGAGGAGUGUAAUAUGGAAGAGUUGCUUCUACUGAAGGAUAUCGACAAGUCGCUAGCUGUGUUCUGUCUAGCAACGUAUGGCGAAGGAGAUCCGACCGAUAAUUGCAUGGAAUUUUACGAUUGGAUUCAAAACAACGACCUGGACCUUACUGGCUUAAACUACUCGGUGUUUGGUCUUGGCAACAAAACUUAUGAGCAUUACAACAAAGUUGGCAUAUACGUCGAUAAACGACUAGAAGAACUUGGAGCCACCCGGGUCUUCGAGCUCGGAUUAGGGGAUGACGAUGCAAACAUUGAAGAUUACUUCAUUACAUGGAAGGAAAAGUUUUGGCCCACCGUUUGUGAUUACUUUGGCAUCGAGAGCACGGGUGAAGAUGUGCUAAUGCGCCAGUAUCGGUUAUUAGAACAACCGGAGGUUAGCACAGAUCGUAUCUACACAGGUGAAGUAGCACGUCUACACUCCCUGCAAACACAGCGACCGCCGUUCGAUGCAAAGAAUCCAUUCUUAGCACCAAUCAAGGUGAACCGAGAGCUACACAAAGCAGGUGGACGAUCAUGCAUGCACAUCGAAUUUGACAUAGAAGGGUCCAAAAUGCGCUACGAGGCGGGAGACCAUCUCGCCAUGUACCCAGUGAAUAAUCGUGAUCUUGUAGAGAGGCUCGGCAAACUGUGUAACGCUGACUUGGAUACAGUGUUUUCGCUUAUCAACACCGACACGGACAGCAGCAAAAAACAUCCAUUUCCGUGUCCGACUACUUAUCGCACCGCACUCACACAUUACCUGGAGAUAACUGCACUCCCCCGUACCCAUAUUCUUAAAGAACUGGCUGAGUACUGCUCAGAGACGAAAGAUAAGGAGUUUCUACGCUUCAUUUCGUCUACCGCCGUCGAUGGUAAGGCGAAGUAUCAAGAGUGGAUUCAGGACAGCUGCCGUAAUGUAGUGCACGUGCUGGAGGAUAUACCUUCGUGUCAGCCGCCGAUUGAUCAUAUCUGUGAGCUGUUACCGCGAUUGCAGCCACGUUAUUACUCAAUAUCGUCAUCGUCAAAGAUCCACCCGACCACUGUGCAUGUUACUGCCGUACUAGUGCGUUACGAAACAAAGACGGGGCGUGUGAAUAAGGGCGUUGCGACCACAUUCCUCUCAGAAAAGCAUCCAGGGGAAGGCGAAGAGCAACCAAGGGUGCCGAUAUUUAUUCGGAAAAGUCAAUUCCGGCUUCCACCCAAACCGGAAACUCCAAUCAUUAUGGUCGGCCCCGGUACCGGUAUUGCGCCUUUCCGAGGUUUUAUACAAGAGCGUGACUUCAAUCAACAAGAAGGCAAAAACAUCGGUCAAACAAUACUGUACUUUGGUUGCAGAAAGCGCACUGAAGACUACAUAUACGAGAAUGAACUAGAGGAUUAUGAAAAACGUGGCAUCGUCCACCUGAGAGUCGCAUUCUCACGUGACCAGGAAAAGAAAAUUUACGUUACGCACUUGCUGGAGCAAGAUACCGAUCUCAUUUGGAAUGUGAUAGGUGAAAACAAGGGCCACUUUUAUAUUUGCGGUGAUGCUAAAAAUAUGGCGACUGAUGUACGAAACAUUCUGCUCCAAGUAAUCCGGACAAAGGGUGGACUUAGCGAGGUGGAAGCCCAGCAAUACAUCAAGAAAAUGGAGGCACAAAAAAGAUACUCAGCCGAUGUGUGGAGCUAAUAAUGUUGUCCUUUGUCAACAGGCCUGCUUCAUGCUAUUUCUGCGUCUAUCUACUAUUUUCUCGUUACAUCUUUUAGUUGCAAAGCUAAUUUCGUGCAACAGAAACAAUCACGUCCCUGCGCAAUUAACAACGCAUUGUCUACCGAUUCUAUUGUACUACUUUUCCAAAGACUUGCCAUAAUAUUUUAUGAUAAAAAUAUGGCCUAUGUCAUGGCUUACUAUGCCUAGAGCUUUAUCCUUUCCAUUCAUGUAUCGUGCUAAUUGGCGUGUGUUUAGCUGAAUUGAAUGAGUUUUUCUUUUUAUUUUCACUGGUCGAACUCAUUGGGUUUUUCUUUAUCUUUCACACAUGUUUUUACACGUACAGAACGAAAUGUUGGUGGCAGCGUUCCACAUGUGUCCAUACCAGUGAGGUGGUUUUGGAGGUUUUUUCUAAUUUUAAUUUCCUGAUAUAACUGUUGCGGGGCACAUACGUUAAACUAUAAAGCUUGUGCGGGAAAAUAAUUAUUAACUUUUUAUAUUCAUAAUCUAUAGCUUACGAGAGCAUGAGUUGUUGGAUAGGCUACUGUCCAUAGUAGGUGUUGAGUGAAUAAAAAUCAAUAGUAAAGCUGUUUAAAAAAGCAAUAAAACAUGUAAAUUCAUAACCAUG